AAUUUUCGUAUAAACAAAUUAUGUCAGUAAGAAAAUUUCGAAAAAAAAGAUAGAUUAGAUAAUUAAGUAAAUAAGAGUCAUCGCUAAAAAUCCCUUUGUGCAAACAGAAGUUAUGAGAAUUAAUCAACUAUUCGAUCAAAAUGUUGCUAAAAAUUUUAAAAACCCUUUCACCGAGCGUCCUUGGUUACGCGGUAAUAUGCACGCUGCAGCUAGCGCUAAAAGUGGCAAAGGUUUAAAGGGUAUCAUUGCUGGAGGCCUCACAGGAGGAUUAGAGAUAUGCAUUACCUAUCCGACGGAGUAUGUGAAGACACAACUGCAAUUAGAUGAGAAAGGAGACAAAAAGCAAUAUAGCGGCGUCUGGGAUUGUGUUAGAAAGACUGUGAAGCAGCAUGGGUGGCUUGGAUUAUAUCGCGGUUUGAGUGUCCUAAUACUCGGUAGUAUACCGAAAUCAGCAGUACGAUUUGGAGCUUUUGAAUACUUCAAGAGCCAGUUGGCGGAUGAAAACUAUCAGUUAUCGCCAGCGAAUCGUUUGCUGGCAGGACUGGGUGCUGGUGUUUCUGAGGCUAUAUUGGCAGUCACGCCAAUGGAAACGAUAAAAGUUAAAUUUAUAAAUGACCUCCGCAGUGGGAGUCCUCAAUAUAAAGGCCUGUUUCACGGCGUCAGAACAAUACUGAAAAGUGAAGGCAUUGGUGGCAUAUAUAAAGGUCUCACAGCGACAAUACUCAAGCAGGGCUCCAAUCAGGCGAUACGAUUCUUUGUCAUGGAAACAUUAAAGGAUCUCUAUAGAGAGGGUGAUCCUAAUAAGCAUGUGCCUCGGUAUGUGGUAGGAAUGUUUGGUGCUAUCGCUGGUGCUGCUUCCGUAUAUGGCAACAAUCCAAUUGAUGUUGUUAAGACGCGCAUGCAAGGUCUGGAGGCCAAGAAAUAUAAGAAUACUCUGGAUUGUGCAUUACAAGUGCUUAAGAACGAAGGUAUAUUGGCUUUCUAUAAGGGUUCUAUUCCACGAUUAGGUCGUGUUUGCUUGGAUGUUGGUAUAACAUUCAUGAUUUACGACACUUUUAUGGAAAUCUUUGAAAAAAUAUGGAAAUAACUGUAUAUGCUCAUAUCUAAAUUGGUGAAAAA